CUGCCCACCUCUUUCACUCCUCCUCCGUGCAUGGAGCGUAAGCGGGGUGAAAGAGGCAGGGGAGGGGAGAGGAGCAGGAGAGGGGGCAACGGGGGUCUGACUGUGUUCUUUCUCCUGUGUCUGUCUGUGUGCGAAUGCACAGACGGUUCACUAGUAAUUUGAUGUGUGUCCCCGGGGACAUUUGAUGGAUUAAAGCUAAGCAGCUCCAUUUCGCAGCACCACCUGAUCUUCCACUGCCUGUGCCCCAUAUAAAGGCUGGCGUGAUUGCUGAUCUCAGCUAGUCUGACAGUGUCUCUCUCUCCCUCCUCUGCGCCUGUCUCCUUCUCUUCUCUUCUCUUCUCUUCUCCUCCUCCUCCUCACUGGUCCUUUAAGCCGGCCGCAUCACAGGAGCUAUCCAGUGCUGAACAGGAUCACUUUUAUUUAUUUAUUUGCACUUUCUGGGGAAAGCCGGGGGAGCCAGAGCGCAGCGCACAGCAUUGCCGUCAACGUCGUUCGCCACUGGGUUGCAUUUUUGCUUUCGUCAUCUCAUGUUUUGGGCCGCCGUCUUCAUCGUAAGGAUUACCGUCAAGCUAGCCGUGGUCGUGUGCUCCCUCAGAAGCUUUUUCUUUUCGCUCAUGCGUUUUCCACUGCGCUGUGUUAUUAUCCGCUGAAACAUGCCCCGCUCAUUUUUGGUGAAGAAGAUCAAACUUGAUGAUUUCUCUUCCUCCAAUGUGGCCACCAAUAAUCACCAUCAGCACCUGGACGACUCGUUCACUUUUGCACGCUCCAUCACGGACUCUGCGACCAGCCUCGGCGUUCGUCUGAGUGAGAAUGGCUACAUCCAGGAUUACAUCACACCAUCUGUAUACCGGGAAGAGAAGAAGAUGGAGCACAAGCUGGUGUCGGACCCCCUGUACACCCACGUGAGCAGCGGUGGCGAGUACUGCGACCCCGACCUGAAGCACCCCGAUAGCCCCCAGUCGGGCAUGACCGCCAGCGGCUUCUACAGCGGCGAAUCGGAGGCCCUGGACGAGGGUUACACCAUGGAUGCCUUCUUCAUCUCCGACGGGCGCUCGAGAAGGAAGGGCGACGGCGAGGCUCGCGAGGGGGGCUCGAGAAGCAGCAGCGUCAACGCCGGCCUCCAGGAGAGCGGAGUCGCGGGCACGGCUCGCCACACCUGCAACGAGUGCGGCAAGACGUACGCCACCUCGUCCAACCUCAGCAGACACAAGCAGACGCACCGCAGUCUGGACAGCAAGAUGGCCCGCAAGUGUCCCACCUGCAGCAAAGUGUACGUGUCCAUGCCGGCUUUGGCCAUGCACAUCCUCACCCACGACCUCAAGCACAAGUGCGACGUGUGCAGCAAGGCCUUCAGCCGGCCGUGGCUCCUCCAAGGUCACAUGCGCUCUCACACGGGGGAGAAGCCCUUCGCUUGCGCCCAUUGUGGCAAAGCCUUCGCCGACCGCUCAAACCUCCGCGCCCACAUGCAAACACACUCUGCCUUCAAGCACUACAGAUGCAAGCGCUGCAAUAAGACCUUCGCUCUCAAGUCCUACCUGAACAAGCACUACGAGUCCGCUUGCUUCAAGGGCUCUGCGGACGAAGACGACUCUGGAUCAGACAACUAACGGUGUGGAAGAUGCAGAAUUUUAACCCCCCCGCCCCCCCCCCUCGAUUAGGGCAGGUUCACGACCCCUGUUCACUCUGCCCUCCAUGCCUUUUUUCUUCCCUUUUUUAGAAAGCAAUAUUUUCACUGAGAUUAUGAGAAGCUCUAAUGACAACGGCAAAGACAAUUUCAGAAGAUGCUGGAUUUUUCCCCCCUGCACAGUAGCUAAUCGUCCACAGACAAAUACAAUCAAAAACCUUCCCCAAAUAGAAGCUGUAGAUGAUAGUUGUACACACCAAACACACGCACACACACACACAAUUAUAUAUGAGGCCUGGCAUGUGAAUUUUUUUAUCAAUGACUAUACUAAUAUCAAUAGUAAUAAUAUUUAGAUUGCUGAUAUUUUAUAGGAAAUAGUAAUGAGAAAAUUGACAAAAAAAAAACCAUAAAAAGGACAGUGUUCUUUGGCUUUUUUUAAAGAGACAAAAUGACCUCUUGUAUUUUUAUGCUGCUUUUUAUUUGCUAAGAAUUGAAUUCUUUUGCAACUGCCAACUUUUUAUGAAAAGCUGAACUAUAACAGUAUUUGCAAAAAAAACGAAGGGGAGAUGAUUUUAAAAAGGUAAAAAGACCCCCCUUUUCCACACCAAUGUUAUUUUUCUAAAAUUCUUUUUUGUGCUCAAAAGGCAUCUUUGUAACUGUGGGUAUUCCAAACGUUUGAAGAAGCCCUCUGCGAUCGCGGGCCGUAGGCGUUUCGAUUCCGUCAGAGUCGCGCUGUUCAAAUGUGCGGCGGCAGGCCUCACAACGAGUAAGCGAAGUGCUCAGUCAUUUUAGGCUGUCCUGUGUCUAUAGCAAAGAAAACACUCGUUCUUCCUCCGACCCGGUGGCGAGCGAGCGUCAGCUGCCUUGACGGUGCACCGUCUUUCACGUGAUGUUUGAGGUUCUCCUCGUCCGCCGGUGUGACCGCGGGCUGACGCUUUACUCACUCGCGCACCCUCAGUUACAAAGUGACUCUUUUAUAUGUCGCUCAAAGCUCCGUCCAUUGUUCUGCUGCAUCUAAUGAUCAUGUAAAUACUUUAUUUAUCUAUCUAUCUAUUUAUUUAUUUAUUUUGGGGGGUAUUUAUUGAAGACUCAAUUGCUAUGUAUUUAUUGAUUGAUUGAUUUAUUAUUUCAAAUGAUGAACAUUCAUUGAACUUGUAAGAUGCUGCUGCUCUUCAAAGAAAAUGUUUAUAUGCAUGAAAACUGUAGAGAGUCCGUGGGACUUAGUUUUUAAAGAGGAACAAUGUACAGCAUCACUGCUAGCAGAGGUCCGACUAACCAAUGCAGAGCUACAUGUCUUCCCCCCCCCCCCCCCCCCCGUCCCCAUGGCAAUAACCUUAAUGACACGGCAACUGACCUGUAUAACAAUCACAGCUGUCCUGUUUUUACUCAAUUUAGGGCAAUAAAAAGAAACAAUGAAAAUUAAAUGCCAAAAUAUUCUCUAUCUUGUCUCCAAAACGUCCGACGCUCCUCCUCAGGACCAGAGAUUGUCUCGCCCCCCCCCCGAAACAAAACAACUCAGGCAAUAACUAACUCCUUGACUCAGAUGCGAUGCUUCGUGUUGGAUCAAAUUACAGUCAAGUAAUGUAGGUGUGAUCGUGUUACAUCGAGGCUUCAAAGGUGCAAAAGCAAUAAUGAUGCCAGUGCAGUGAGAGGCUGCUUAAUCUUGGCUUAUUGUCUCUGUUGUUUUACAGAGCGGCCGUGUAAGAACCACGGUAAGGGACAUUUAUGAUUUAACGCCAUUACAAUGACCACAAUGCGAACUACUUAUCUCCGCGAGCUGUCCACGCCAAAUAACCCAGCGGCCGUAAAUAAGGCUUGGACGUUUCCAAGCUCGUUCGAGGGAAGUAGCGCGCUCGAGUGCACAUCCAAAUCCCCCGUCAUUUGUCCACGACGACUCCCCCCACGCCCUGUCAGCCAUCUUCAUCCCAACUGCCUCACAGAGGAAGAAAUGCGCUGAAGUGGGAUUGGCGGAGGGCGGCCGAGUGUGGGAGGAUAACAGGUGUUUUCGGACAGACUGCAGAUAGGGAGCGUAAUGGAGUCGGUGAGCAACCUCCAAGGGGAAGGUCAAGCACCAGCAGGCAAAUGCACUGUCAGCUAUUUGCAUAUUUCAAAGGGAUGAAACCGACGCAAGCCCAAAACAGAAAAGAAAUGGAGAAAAGAGAAGUUUCCGCUCUGUUUAUCCGUCCGCUUCGUCCUGUCGACGGCUGUCUCGGCGCCACAGCUGAAUCGCCGCGUGAGAGCAUCCAAACCACCUGUCUCCUAUCUCCGCUCGCACAAAACACCAUUUGGCACGACGCUGAAUUACUGACCUUUGAGCAGACACGCAAAUCACUGCUUGUGCUGCUUUUAUAUUCUCAUGUGUUCGGAAGCUGACGAUACAAAACAAAACAUCAUCGGAGGACGUGCGGCAGGAUGAACACACUUAAAGUGGCGGCAGAUCGGAUCACGGGCGCUAAUGGCUAAUGGCUCGAUUCUUCACUUCCAAAUUGAGACCGAGUGCAGCAUUGUUCCUCUUUGACAAAUGUGUACAUAGAAUUGUAAAUACGGCACAGCAAUAAUAUGCAUGUAGACAUCGAAUUGCCCUUUUCUAUUUAGUGGUCUUAUUUUUAAAAAUUGUAUUUAUGUACAAAUAAAAACAGGUACCAAUUACAACCCGGGUGGCCACAUGAAUCAGGGAGUGUCUUGGUUUCCAAACUAUUUGUAAGACAAGGCAACAACACUUCAGUGUAUUCUCAAAGAAUUGAUCAUGCUCUGUUUCUUUCUUUCUUUCUUUUUUUUUUUUUAAAUGUGCCCAGCUCGGCUGUGCAAAGAGAAGUGCCAAAUAAA